UUCGCGUGAUCGAGUCAGUCUGCAGAUUGCUCGAGUGGCAGCUUCCCAUCACCGCUGACCGGGAGCAGACGACUUGACAGACAGCUAGUGCAUGCUCUUACGAGCCUGGCAAGCUCAGAACCGUCAUCGUGUCACUCAGCGCCUGUUACGUCAAAUUUGUCGUCGGAGCGCGAUAACGACGGUAGGAUCGCUCAAGUGGACUCAUAGUAGUCUCGCCUCGCUCGCAAGGAUGGCAAGUACAAGCUCGCAAUUCGGCGACUGGCCCGCUAGCAAAGUACGAGCGACGUUCAUUGACUACUUUGAGCAUCACAAAGAUCUGCCGCACACAUUCGUACCGUCAUCGUCUACGAUACCUUACAAUGACCCCACGCUCAUGUUCGCCAAUGCCGGGAUGAACCAGUACAAGGCUUGCUUCCUAGGAACGGCCGAAGGCCCUCUCGGCGCUCUCAAGCGCGCUGCAAACUCGCAAAAAUGUAUAAGAGCAGGUGGUAAGCACAACGAUAUCGACGACGUGGGCAAAGACACAUAUCAUCACACAUACUUUGAGAUGCUGGGCAACUGGUCCUUUGGCGAUUACUUCAAGCAGGAUGCGCUGAGUUUAGGCUGGACGCUAUUGACGAAAGUGUAUGGCUUACCGGCAGACCGACUCUACGUGACCUACUUUGAGGGAGAUCAAAGUCAGGGUCUCGUACCCGACGAAGAGACUCGUCAGCUCUGGCUGGACCUCGGCGUCGCAGAGGAUCAUCUCAUCAAAGGCAAUGCAAAGGACAACUUUUGGGAGAUGGGCGCAACUGGUCCUUGCGGACCUUGCACAGAAAUUCACUAUGAUCGAGUAGGCGGUCGCAACGCAGCCCAUCUCGUCAACAUGGAUGAUCCACUCGUACUGGAAGUGUGGAACCUGGUCUUUAUCCAGUACAACCGCGAAGAGGAUAAUUCUUUGAGGAAUCUGCCUGCAAAGCAUGUCGACACCGGCAUGGGAUUCGAGCGAUUAGUAUCAGUACUGCAAGACAAGCCUUCGAACUACGACACCGAUGUCUUUGCGCCACUGUUCGCCAAGAUCCAGGAGAUGACGGGCGCGCGACCGUACGGUGGCAAGCUGGGUAAAGAAGAUCAAGGCGAGAUCGACACCGCCUACCGAGUCGUAGCAGACCAUGUUCGGACACUCACUUUUGCGCUUGCGGAUGGCGGCGUCCCCAGCAAUGUCGGUCGUGGCUAUGUGCUACGUCGCAUCUUACGUCGAGGAUGUCGAUAUAUUCGCAAGAAGUUCGACGUCCCUAUCGGCUCCUUCUUCUCGACCUUGAUGCCCACUGUCGUCGAUCAAAUGGGCGGAUUCUUCCCAGAGAUCACAAAGAGCGCUACAGAUAUCAAGGAAAUCUUGGACGAAGAAGAGGUUGCAUUUGCGCGGACGCUCGAUCGAGGCGAAAAGAUGUUUGAGCUGUAUGCCGAUCAGACACGAGCAAAGGGCAAGACGGAGCUCAGCGGCAAGGAUGUCUGGCGACUAUACGAGACCUAUGGCUUUCCUGUCGAUCUCACUUUGCUCAUGGCAGAAGAGCAAGGCUUGAGCUACAACCAGAAAGAGUUCGACGCGGCGCAGGCGCACUCGAUCGAGGUCAGCAAGGCUGGCAUCAAGAAAGAAGGAGCAAACGCCAUCAAGCUCGAUGUACACGAUCUAGGCAAAUUAGACAGCACCGACUCUGUCAAGAAGACUGAUGACGAUGCCAAGUAUAGCGAGACCCAGCUGGAUGCGACUAUCAAGGCGAUAUAUCAUGAUCGCAGCUUUGUCGACAACACGUCUAGCAUUGAGCAAGGUAAACCUUUUGGCAUCUUGCUCGACAGGACUUGCCUCUAUGCAGAAUCUGGUGGCCAGGAGAAUGACACCGGCACGAUUGUCAUUGCCGGCAAAGCAGAAUUCUUAGUGCAGGAUGUCCAGGCUUACAAAGGCUACGUCUUGCAUGUCGGUACUCUGACAGAAGGAAGCCUGUCUGUUGGCGACGCUGUCGUCAUUUCUCUCGACGAGCUACGUCGAUGGCCGAUCAAGAACAAUCAUACCGGAACUCACAUACUCAACUUUGCGCUCCGGGAAGUUCUAGGCGAUCACGUUGAGCAGAAAGGCUCGCUCGUUGCGCCUGCAAAGCUCAGAUUCGAUUUCUCGAACAAAGGCGGCAUUCCUUUGCAAGAGCUGCAAAAGAUCGAGGAGAUCUGUAACGCUUGGAUCAAGAAGAAUGUGCCUGUCUAUAGCAAAGAAGUCAAGCUCGACGAUGCAAAGGCUAUACCGGGUCUGCGUGCUGUCUUUGGCGAGGCAUACCCAGAUCCGGUCCGUGUGGUAGCGUUGGAGUUCAGCGUGGAGGAGAUGGCGAAAGAUCUCAAGAAUCCAAAAUGGCGAUCGACGAGCGUUGAGUUCUGUGGAGGCACGCAUGUCAACAGAACUGGUGAUAUACAAAGUCUGGUCAUCGUCGAAGAGUUUGGCACCGCAAAGGGCAUCCGACGGAUCACGGCGGUCACAGGAGACGAAGCAAGCGAAUGUCAUCGCCAAGCCAACUCGUACAGCAUGCAACUCGAUUCCCUCGAGAAGCUCACGGGCAAAGAGCAGCUUGCAAGCAUCAAGACGCUACAAGUCGAGCUCGAUCGCGCUGACAUAUCAGCUCUACGCAAAGCGACACUCAAAGAUCGCCUGGCUGCUAUCAGCAAGAAGAUAAGCGACGACUCGCGUGCUGCAGAGAAGAGCCUCAUGAAAGCUAUCACUGCUAAGAUCGCUGACUACUUUGAUGCGAAUCCAAACGCUCGCUACUUCAUACUGCGACACGACGUACCAAGUGGCAGCAAAGCGAUGACGGGCGCGAUGCUCGAAGCCAGGACGCGAGAGAAAGCUGUUUAUGGCUUCAGCGUGAGCGAGGGCAAGGUGACUUUGACCAAUCACGUUCCGCUGCACGAUAUCAAGGCAGGCUUCACGGCAAAGACUUGGUCGGCCAAAGUGUGUCAAGUGAUCGGUGGCAAGGGCGGAGGCAGAGACGAAUCGACGACAAGCGUUGCGCCGGAUGUUGCGAAGCUGGACGAAGGGCUGAAAGCGGCGGCAGACGCGUAUGAGUCAUUCGCAAAGUCCAAUGCAUGAUCGAGCGUUACGCGCCGGGCAACGAUACACGCG